AUGUGCGACAUCCAUUGGAUCCACAGGGCGUCUAACGCUUGUGAUACCCCCGUCGCCUUUCCCACAGGCGCAACAACCACAACGCCUUGCAGAGCCAACAAGCACCCGUUCGAGACGGGUAACGCAUCAGAAGCAAAGAUUCAGCCGCGCUGGCUGGACCUCCGAUGGCAGAGUCGAUUGAUCGCCAUCCUGAUCCUGAUCCUGAUCUUGACCCGACGUCAUGGAGGCAUUCACACUGGUCUCCCUCGGUGA